GAUGAUAAUUGGGAUAAUGGUAAUUCUAUGUGAUUAUAAAGUUGUUGAUUAAGAUUAACUUGAAAGAUGAGAUCAUUCUAUGUAGUUUGGAAUAUAACAAUUUUGAAUAAAUAACAGACAGACUAUAAAGUUGAAUUGGCUGGCAAUAUUUCUAUGAUAUUAACUUAAAAUGCAUCAAUACUAAAAUUGUGUAUAGUAGUAUUGAUAUAUUAGGUGUAAUUAAGUUAAUCAGUUUUAACAUAUUGAGUAAAAGUAAGUUAAAUAUAUUAAAGAUCAUAUUCUUAGGAAAUAUAGUGUAAUUAAAUUGAAGGUGGU